AUGAACUCAAAGGGUUUUAACGAAUGUGAAACUAAAACCUGUGAAACAAAGUUUAAGAAUUUAAUAAGGUCUUACAUGACCUGUCCUGAUCAUAACAAAAAGAGUGGUAACCACCCUAUGAGAAAAUGCGCAAACUUCGAUGAAAUGCAUGAUAUAUUUCAUGAUGAUGAUACAAUGAGACCUGUUGCUCUUUUUAGCAGCAAAAAGGGCAGUCGAAAAUGAUCACAUAUAGUCCUUCUGCAGAUCUAGAUUCGGAUCAAUUUACGUUUCUGGGAAACUGCCCACCUACCCCUUCCCUAAGUCAACAUUGACACUUACUUCUUACUUGGGGAAAAAUGUUGGGUUUGGGGCGGGGUAGGUGGGCAGUGUCCCAGACACCAAAAUUGAUCCCUAGAUUCUUCCGCUGUAGAUGUAGACUCAUGCGAAAGUACAAGUAAAGCAGGCACCCCUGAUCUCUUGUCGGAUGUAAACAAAGGAAAAUAG